CUCCUCCCUCCUCCUCUCGGGCAGGCGGCGGCGGCGGCUGCGGCUGCUGCGGGGCCCCGCGGAGCCUUCCCCAGCGCUUGCCAGCGCCUCGGCGGCCGGACCCGGACCGGGACCCGGACCUAGACCGGAUAUGGCUCGUGGACAACAGAAGAUUCAGUCACAACAGAAAAAUGCCAAAAAACAAGCUGAACAAAAAAAGAAGCAAGGACAUGAUCAGAAGGCUGCAGCCAAGGCUGCCUUGAUCUAUACCUGCACUGUCUGUAGGACACAAAUGCCGGACCCCAAGACCUUCAAACAGCACUUUGAGAGCAAGCAUCCUAAGACUCCACUUCCUCCAGAAUUGGCUGAUGUUCAGGCAUAAGGUGAAUUCAUGGCACCUAUUGACUCUUCUACUGUCAGACCUUACAUAACAAACCUGCAGCUGCUUUUCUAACAAACUGUUGAUCAACAAAUAUGAAGGGGCUACAGAAACAUUCAUAUUUUUAUGCUGUUCCCUCUUGGGCUUCAUGCAAAGACAAUUCUGUGUAAAUGUACAGUUCUGCCCUAUUUGGAAAUCCUGAAAAUCAGUCCAUACUUGUGAUAAAAAUUUUUUACAAUUGUAAUUAUAUUGAUGUUCAUAUUGUGUAAAAUAACUCAUUUAAUAAAGUAGUACUUUGAUUUUUACAAUAUCGCAGGUUAAAUGCUUGUAGAAAUUCUGUUAAACUUUCCACAUUAUCUGCCUUAUGAAAUCCUAAUGAAGACAAAGUGGAAUUCUCCCCAUCCCACCAGAAACUGCAGUGGUCUCAUUCUACUGAAAGUGAUGCACAUCAUAAAAAGUUUGAUCUAAGAACAGAGGGAAAAUGCUUGUAUAUUUACCUUUGUGUGCUACCAGCUUGAGUCAAGAAAUUUAAAUCUUUUGAUGACAGCUCAAGCGGCAUUAGAAUCAUGAAACUUCUACUUCUUGUUCCAUGUAUUGGGGAGUGUCAGUACUACAAGCCAUUUGGAACAGGAUUCCUUUAUUGUAAGGGAACUUGUUCCUUGGAGUCAUGCACUGGAGAGACUCUUGCUAGACAAGUAAACCUUAAUAUUUGGUAGACAGCUGGCAGAGCUUGAGAGUUAAGAACAUCUAACAAUCUCUCGGCAUGCUGGUUUGAAUACAAUUAGCAAAUGCUAUAUCAGGUUGAAGUAAUUCUGCUUUUGGUUGUGAAAUUUAAUCUAAAAAGUUGGUGAAUGCAAAUAACUAGUCAGUCACAGGUUUCCCCUCAAAUGUCUCUGACUGUUUCUGUAACGAUUUUGCAAGAGAAUACAAACUAAAUAGUGGUAUUUUUCAACUAACUUUAAAGUUAGUACUGUUUCUUUCCUUUCUAACAAGCUAACUAGAAAUUACAUAGCUAGUUAAGUUUUAGUCAGUUCUGACUUACAUAAGUUAUCAAGGAAAAGUUGUGUAAAAUUGAACACACCCAGCGAAGAGCACUUGGGGAAAGAGGAUAUUCAUUUAGCUUUAAUAAUUUGGGCUAGAUUCUAAUCUCAGAUGUGAAAAAGCAAUGCUAGUAUAUUUUGGAGUGCUGUCUGAGGGUCUGCAGUACGGUAGGACAUCCUAAAAGCAUAUAUAUGGUCUAGGAUUACCUAACAGUCAAUUUUUUUAAAUUGAUUGCAGUGAGUGACACUCAUACUAUGAAUGAGGGACAUGCAUUCAUAGUAUGAAUUUCUCAGAUUUGUUAUUUGUUCUUGCUUGUAAUAGGUCUUUAAUUUCUGGCAGAUCAAAUAACUCCUGCUACAUGAUUGGACUCUGCCUGACUUCCCAAUGGCAUCCUAAAAUACAGAACCAUAUUCUUGAAGACUGAUUCACUUAAAGGAAUGCAUGAAACAAGUGGUACUUCUAAUAUAUCAGUCAAAGCCUUUGUCUCUGUCCACCUAUUUACCCUUUAAUUUAGCUACUUUUUGGAGGUUAGCCUUCUAGCCAUCUUACAGCAAGGUGUAUUUCUGUAAAUGUUCACUUUGGCCUGAAAUUCAACUGCAUUAUAGUUGCUCUGGAAUAACCUGUAUACCACUCUACCUUUUUAUAGAUCUUGCUAUUGAGAAUAAUCCACUACUGCACUUAUACACCUGACAUCGGAAUGUAGCCCUUCAUUUAUUUCCUUUUAAUUGUUCUAAAUCAAUCCAAUAAUUGUAUCUUGACAGACUCGCUCCCAGGAGGCAAGAAAUCUUUCAACUUUGUCCUGUGGGGUACUUAAGUGUUCUGAUGGUGUAGUUUGUCUAAGGAAUGAGUAUACACCAAGCAAGAUGUUUCUUGCACUGAUUGAUACUUGGUAAUCUGCUGUUAACCUGACUUAUUUUGGGAUGCAUCCUUAAAACUCAGUCUCAAAACAAAGCACAUGUUCUGUUGCUUGAAUUGAGAUUGUGUAGCACCAAAUAAAAAUGACUUUGUUUCAUAACAUUCUCAGUUAACAAGCAAAUAAGCUGAAAAGCUGCAUUAUGCUGGUAGGACAUAACUUGCUUGCAUAAGAAUCUUUUGCUGUAUUUUCAUAACUGUAUGACUUUAAUAUGAAAGUAUUAGUAUCAACUCUUUCUGUUAGAAUAGAAGGCAUGGGUGAUCUUCUAUUCUAUUAAAAUUCCUACUUGCAGCUGUUACAAUCUGACGUAAUAAUCUAAUCAGUAAAAACAUCAUGAAAUUGUUUUGGAAACUCAAAAGUGCAGGACUAAAUGGGGGAAUUGUCCUCAUUGGUAUUACCUGCACAUGCUUGUAUUGAUUUAAAAGGAUGCAGGUAAGAAGUAGGUGAGAUCCUCUGCUCUCCUGAUCAUAUGGAUGACACCCUGUUAAUUCUGGCUAAAAAGACACUGUCGUGCUUUGUAACGUGUCUGAUUAAAGAUGAUUUAAAACCU